AUGGGCUGUGGCACCUCCAUUGCCACAGAGACCCGAGGAAGAAGGCUGGAGACAGAUGAAAUAGUGAAGAAUCCCAGCCCUGCUCUCAUCAUGAAGGCGGCCAUUUUGAUUCAAGGAUGGUACCGGCGCUACAUGGCCCGUCUUGAGAUGAGACGCAGGUAUACCUGGAACAUCUUCCAGUCCAUUGAAUAUGCAGGAGAACAGGACCAACUGCAGCUCUCCAGUUUCUUCAGUUUUAUGCUGGACAACUUUACUCAGCUGAAUGGCAAUGGGCCAGACUUGAUCUCUCAUUUGCUGGAGCCUGUGGUUGACCCCUGGCUAGAGAGCGACAACUGCUAUGACCGUAUCCCUGUGCCCGAGUCCUACAAUGGACCCCGGCUAUCCUUCCCUCUCUCCGUCUCUCACACGAAUGCCCUUCUCGCCGCCUUCAAAGAGCAGCAGUCUCUCCAUGCUAGGUAUAUGCUGCAGUUGCUGUAUGAGACCAAGAAACUCCUUAAACAGAUGCCCAAUAUCAUUCAUCUGUCUACAUCCUAUGCCAAUGAGAUCACUAUAUGCGGCGAUCUCCAUGGACGGCUUGAUGACUUACUUCUCAUAUUUUACAAGAAUGGCCUUCCCUCUGCCGAGACACCAUAUUUGUUUAAUGGGGACUUUGUGGACAGGGGGAAAAAGUCAGUGGAGGUGGUCAUUCUCCUGUUUGCCUACCUUUUGCUUUACCCCGACCACAUGCAUCUAAACAGAGGAAACCAUGAAGACCACAUCAUGAACCUCAGAUAUGGAUUCACAAAAGAAGUCAUGCAGAAGUACAAGACCCAUGGCCGUGAGAUUCUGAGGCUGUUUCAGGACAUAUUCAGUCUUCUUCCUGUGGCCACAGUGAUAGAUGGCAAGGUCCUGAUUGUUCAUGGGGGAGUUUCAGACCAGACUGACCUUGACUUCCUUAGCUCCAUUGAAAGGCACAAGGUGAAGUCUGCACUGAGAUUGCCCCGGCAUAGUUUGGAUCAGCUGGACAUCAGCAGGUCCUGCAAACAGAACAAAAAGAGACUGGCGGAUAGCCCUCGUCCAUGCAGCAGUCACAGUCAAACCAAGAGCCGGAGGACCCCAACUCAGAGGAAGAGGCGCUAUGGUGUCAGCCGACAAGACAGCGCCUCCUCUUCGUCAUCCUCUUCCUCUUCCUCCUCUUCACUUUGCUCCCCUUGUACUCCAACCUGCGUUUCACCACACCCCUUCUCUUCUCCCAAUAUGGCUUUCUGUACAGAUGUCCUUCAAGUGCCCUUUCUGGACUCCCUCUCUAAUAUAUCGCCUCCUUCACCUCCUCUGUAUGAACGGGAGUGGAAACAGGUAGUGGAUAUACUGUGGAGUGAUCCUAAACCCUAUGAGGGCUGCAGCCACAACACAUUCAGAGGAGGAGGCUGCUACUUCGGCCCCGAUGUAACAAAAAGACUUAUGCUCCACCAUGGCCUGCAGCUGCUAAUCCGCUCUCAUGAAUGCAAACAGGAAGGCUAUGAGCUCUGUCAUGGCGGAAAGGUAAUCACCAUCUUCUCAGCCUCUAAUUAUUAUGAGGAGGGCAGUAACCGUGGUGCCUAUGUCAAAAUCGGAAGAGAACUUGUGCCCCGUUUCUACCAGUACCAGGUUGGCCGUGCCACACGCAAGCUCACCCUCACACAGAGGGUAAGAGCGGCUGAGGGCUCUGCUCUCAGGGCUUUGCAAGAAAAGUUGUUUGCUCAUCGUUCUGAGUUGAUGGCUGACUUCCAGCAGUAUGACCAGAAUAACACGGGCUGCAUUACAGUCAGCGAAUGGGCUCAGGUGUUGGAGUCUGUACUGAGGCUGGACUUGCCCUGGAGGACACUUCGUCCACACUUGGUACACCUGGCAACUGAUGGCAGUAUUGAGUAUCAGUCUUGCUUCGAGGACGUGGGCUCCGGGGUUCCUCUGUCACAGGUCACGCCAAGCCUGGCUGAGACAUUGUUCAGAUACAGAACAGACUUGGAGAUAAUAUUCAACAUAAUAGAUAAAGACCAUUCAGGUCUGAUUUCCACUGAAGAGUUUCGUCACACCUGGGGUCUUUUUAGUGCCCACCUGGGGGUUGAACUUGACGACGAAGCCAUUGAUGACCUGGCCCGCAGUAUUGACUUCAACAAGGACGGCAAUAUAGACUUCACUGAGUUCCUCGAGGCCUUCAGGGUGGUACACAAGCUAGACAACAAGGAACAGCACCAGGACUAAGAGAUGGAUGAGGGGAAACUUGUGCAAAUUGAGAAGAAAUGCC